CAUAAUUUAGAGAAAGAGAGAGACACAUGUACCCAAAAAAAGAAAGAAAAAAAAAAGAGAGACAUAUUUUUAGGAAAAUUAAAUUAAAUAUAGGUAUUUAAUUUGGGAAGGUAGGUAUGAACCAAUUUUUUCUAUAUAUAGUUUGUGACCAAAACAUAUUCAUCAUCAUAAGAAAGGUGUAAGACAUGGCUCCACAUUAUAUUUCUAAAAUCACUAUUUCCAUUGUUAUUUUCCUUUCCUCCCUCAUCUUCACCCCAAUUUCUUGUUCUUAUGAGCCCACUCCUCCAAAAAAAUUAACAGAUGUUGAGCUUCUUGAAUUUCCACUUAAUUUAGAAUAUUUGGAAGCCGAAUUUUUUUUAUUUGGAUCAUUGGGUCAUGGAUUGGAUGUAGUUGCUCCAGAGCUAGCAGAGGGUGGACCCCCUCCUAUCGGUGCUAAAUUGGCCAAAUUGAGUAAAUUUGUUAAAGAUAUAAUUUUUCAGUUUGGUUUGCAAGAAGUUGGACAUUUGAGAGCCAUAAAGAGCACAAUAAAAGGGUUCCCAAGGCCUUCACUUGAUCUAAGUGCAUUAUCAUUUUCUGAGGUGAUGGAUAGUGCCUUUGGACAUCCUUUGCACCCUCCUUUUGAUCCAUAUGCAAAUGAUGUCAAUUUUCUUCUUGCAUCUUAUGUGAUUCCUUAUGUUGGUCUUACCGGCUAUGUUGGAGCUAAUCCACUCUUGCAAAAUGCUACUUCUAGGAAGCUAGUUGCAGGCCUUCUAGGAGUAGAAUCAGGCCAAGAUGCGGUUAUACGAGCAUUGUUAUACGAACGUCGAGCAUGGAAGGUGCAUCCUUAUGAAGUAAGUGUGGCAGAGUUCACAAAUCACAUUUCAAUGCUUAGGAAUAAAUUAGGAAAUGAUGGUGUGAAAGAUGAGGGUCUUGUGGAAGACUCAUCGGGCAAUAUCCUUGCUGGUGAUAAAGACUCACUAUCAUAUGCAAGAACUCCAGAGGAAAUAUUGAGGAUUGUAUAUGGAUCUGGUGAUGAAAGUUUCCCUGGUGGCUUCUACCCUCUUGGAGGAGAUGGCCAUAUAGCAAAAUCUUACUUAUCCAAUGCUUAAUUAGAGUGGCUAAGAGUUAAUUGUCUCUACUUUGGAGACUCGUACCUACUGAGAAAAUAUAAUUAAUAAGGUAUAAUCAGGUUAGAAAAUAGUCUUGUGUUUUUAUAGAUUAAGAUUUGUUGUGAAUUAGACUCAAUGAUAAGAUUCGAAUGGACUUCAAUUUCUUGUAUUCACACAACCAAUGAAUUAAUUUGAAUAAUCAUAUCAGGAUUGAAUGACGCUUGUAUUAUAA